CAAGUUGUCGAGAUGUGACUUGAAGAGUGACAAGGUUACUCAACUUCUCCCUGUGGCUCAGACCAUCCAGUCCUGGCAACACCCACGUAUUACUGGAGGUACCAGGACAAUCUUGGCAGGUUGGGCUACAACCUAGAGGUGGACACACACACACACACACCAACAAGGCUCCUCGUCUCGGGCCUCGGAAGCGGCGCUGAGCAGAGCCCUGGGUCGUUCGGACCUCGCCUUGCCUCGCCUCCAGCAGAUGGUGCUCUGUGGACGAGUGAUUGAAGGAGCGCAGCAAGGGGGGGAACGAGCCUUAAGUGAGCUGCCUGCCGUUCCACCCUCUUUCUCUCUUGUGCCUGUCUGUCUGUCUGCGUGCGGGAGGCUGCGGCUCGGUCCCGCGGGUUAGGAUCAUUCUGUCUGUCACACACACACACUGUGGCCAGCAGCCGGCUUGCCUUUCCCCACAGCUCAACGUGCAUGGCAGUGGCGGCAGUACACAAGGGCAGCGCCCUUUCCCCGGCAGCGGCGGCAGCCCAGACACGGAGCUACCUGUGGCUCUGCAUAUGCUACGGGCUACUUUGCCUGCUGCCCUGCGCUCUGCCCCGGCGCUCGGCUGGAGUCCGGAUCGCCCGGCAACUGCACGGCGGCGGCGGCGGAGGCGGCGAGGGAGCAGCCCCCGGGCCAAGCCGGGAGAAGAAGAGGUCCGCUCCGCCGCAGGACGCGGCUCUGCUCAGCACCUCGUUCAUCCUGCGAGGAGACGCUUCGCACAACCAGGCGAUGGUGCACUGGACGGGGGAGAACAGCAGCGUGAUCCUGAUUCUCACCAAGUUGUUCCAUUCAGAUAUGGGAAAAGUUUUGGAGAGUUCUUUAUGGAGGUCAUCCGAUUAUGGAACUACCUACGUGAAACUGAACCUGCAGCCUGGCACCACCAACAUAAUUACCAAUUUUUAUAUCUGCCCUGCAAAUAAGAAAAAGAUAAUUCUCGUGAGUUCAUCAAUGAAUGAUCGUGAUCAGAGCCUCUUCAUGAGCACAGACGAGGGAGCCAAUUUUCAACGGCAGCAAAUCUUCUUCUCUGUGGAGACCUUGGUGUUUCAUCCAAAAGAACAAGAUAAGUUGCUUGUGCACAGCAAGGAGGGCCGGCUAUAUGUUUCUGUUGAUUUUGGAAAGAAAUGGGAGUUGCUGCAAGAACAAGUGACAAAGGAACGAUUUUAUUGGUCUGUACCCGGGGUCGAUGGUGAUCCAGAUUUGAUUCACAUGGAAAUACAGGACAACAGUGCAGGUUUUCUUUAUAUCACCUGCCAAAUUACAAACUGCUCGGAGAAAGCUCUCAAAACCCCUUUCUUUGGAAACAUAGACCAGAACUCACUGCUCGUCAAUGAUGACUACAUUUUCGUUCAGGCAACCUCUGGAAAUAAGACAAAAUAUUUUGUCUCUUAUCGGCGGGACCAGUUUGUUCAGAUGAAGUUACCCAAAUAUGCCUUACCAAAGGAUAAGCAGAUCAUCAGUACGGACGAGAAUCAAGUGUUCGUGGCUGUCAAGGAAUGGCAUCAGACGGACACCUAUAACCUCUACCUGUCGGACACAAAGGGCGUGUACUUCACGCUCGCUCUGGAGGAUGUCAGGAGCACCAAGCAACCAGAAGAAAAUGUUAUAAUAGAUAUUCAUGAGGUACAAGGAGUUAAAGGCGUUUUCUUGGCAAAUAAGAAAGUGGACGGUAAAGUGAAAACGUACAUCACCUACAACAAAGGUCGUGACUGGCAAUUAUUAACUCCACCAGCCACUGACAUGAAUGGCAAGCAAACCAAAUGUCAUCUGCCUGAAUGCUCCGUCCACUUGCACCUGCGUUGGGCUGAUAACCCGUAUGUAUCGGGCACUGUUCACACCAAAGAUUCCGCGCCAGGACUUAUAAUGGGAGCAGGAAACUUGGGUGCCCAGCUGGUUGAGUACAAGGAAGAUAUGUACAUAACCUCCGACUGUGGAAAUACAUGGAGGCAGGUGUUUGAGGAAGAGCAUCAUAUUCUCUACCUUGAUCAUGGCGGAGUUAUUGUUGCCAUCAAGGACACCUCAAUCCCCCUGAAGAUACUCAAGUUCAGUGUAGACGAAGGACAUACUUGGACAACACACAAUUUUACCAGCACUUCCGUCUUUGUCGAUGGACUACUGAGUGAACCAGGGGAUGAAACACUGGUCAUGACGAUCUUCGGUCACAUUAGCUUCCGAUCGGAUUGGGAACUGGUGAAAGUGGACUUCAGACCAUCAUUCCACAGACACUGCUUACCGGAUGACUAUGACUCCUGGGACCUGAGGAACCAGGAGAAGCAAUGCAUCAUGGGAGAGCAGAGACGGUUCCGCAGACGGAAAAUAUCAUCCUGGUGUAUUAAAGGAAAGAACUUCACAUCAGCCCUCUCCUCCAAACCUUGCCAGUGCACAGAAUUUGAUUUUGAAUGUGAUUACGGAUUUGAGCAGCAGGCCAAUGGCAGAUGUGUCCCUGCAUUUUGGUACAACCCAGAGUCACCUUCAGAGGAUUGCAAGUCUGGACAGUCGUACACCAGAAGCUCUGGUUACAGGAAGGUGGCCCUCAACGUCUGCAAGGGUGGUUUGGACAAGGGGCAAGGUUCCACGCAGCACCUGUGCCCACUGAUGGCUCCCAGAGGUCUCCAGAUAGUCACGAAAGGAGAGAGAUUGGCAGUCAGCCCUGGUGACACUGUUACCUUCUUAAUCUCGCAGAACCAGGGUGACACACUGAACACAAAGUAUCAGGUGGAUCUCGGGGAUGGUUUCAAGGCCAUUUAUGAGAACCUCACACUCAUGGAUGAGCCAAUUCAGCACGGAUACGAGAACCCAGGAAUCUACCGCGUCUCUGUCAAAGCUGAAAACUCUGCAGGGUCUGAUGAAGCCAUGGUUUACAUUCAGGUCAACACGCCACUGUUGGCCGUGCACCUGGAGGUACUGCCAGUCAUCCGCAGAAACCAGCAAGUGAACCUGACCGCACUGUUGCAGCCCAGCAACUCCAACCUCACAGUCUUUCAGUGGUGGCUGGGAGACAGUCUUGAGCCUCGUCUCACACUGGAAAACAGUCUGAUAACCAGCUUUCCUGAGGAUAGUGAGAUUAAAGUCACAGUCCAGGCUUCCUGUGGUAGCUCCAUGGUUCAGGACUCUAAAGUGGUGAGGAUAUUUGAUCAGUUGGAAGUCCUACCCCUUGAAUUUUCUCAGAACAUUGAUAGUUACAAUCCUAAUGUACCAGAGUGGAGAGAAGAUAUUGGACAGGUUAUAUCAAGGAUUUUGGCAGAGACAACAGGCAUCCCUGAGGAACUACUGCUGACAGUGGUAAGAAUAGGCUUACCCACCACGGCAGAACUGUACCUGCUCCCGCCACCAGAGAAACCAAAGAGGAAACGGAACACAACCAAUGAGAAGGGAAUCGAUUCUUUAAUCGAAGCUCUGACGGAAAACCAAGUAAAAAUCUCUCUAAAACCUGGAGUUGAAGUGACUGUCACAUUGGCAGAUUACAGAGCAGUUACCCAGAAAAGCUUUGGAGGAAAAGGCGUGUGGGUUGUCGUGGUGAUGUUUGUGAUCUGCCUGAUCGUCGUCGGAGCUUUCAUCUUGCACAAGUUGAAAAGGAAGAUACCUGGGCGGAAUGUUUAUGCUCAGAUGCAUAAUGAAAAAGAGCAGGAAAUGACUAGUCCUGUCAACCACAGUGAAGACACACAGAACAUCAUUCAAGGGGAAGAAUACAUCGAUGAUGAUUUGGAUUCACAGACGCUAGGUAACGGAGGAGGUGGUCACCCUGCUGUGGUUCUCAGCAUAAACUCCCGGGAAACGCACAAUUAUUUGAGUAGCUGAUGUUCGCUCUGGGUGAUGCGUGAAGACUCGCCUCCAUUUUGUUUUGUUGUUCCUGGGGACGGGUGAAGUGAUGAAGUGAAACGAACUCCAGUGUGGCGGUGGGACAGUGGGCAAUCUAGCCUCCUAGAAUUACAAAGUCUUCAAUUAAGCGUCAGUGUGUUAAAGGCACCCGAAGAGAGAGAGUGGAUUCACAAUCAGACCCCUGAAGCUCUCUGUGCCAUACCAAGCCCUGCAUCCUCCUAUGAUUGAGCUCUGCCAGGAAGGAGAGCAAGCAGCCUUCAAUAAGUUGUUGCGUGAACCACUCUACCUUUCCUCUUCUUGCGUCUCAUCUAAGAAAACUUUCGCGUUGUAAAACAUUUGCCCAUUCCUGUACGGACAGUCCACAUUAUUUCCAUUACAUUCUGAUUUUUUUUUAACAUAUCUGCUUUUAUAUAUAAAAAAUUAAGUAAGGCGUUGAUCCCUGCUUAGGUUGUCAGGCAAUCUACUUUGAUCAAACGUGCAAGAGUAAAUGUUUAUCUUCACUUUCUUUUCCAGCACCUGUCAAUUAACAAGAUGAGAAUUAUUCACGUCCUUCAGUGGACCUGCGAUCCAACCUGUCAGAUGAGACGUUCUGCACAAUUAUAUAUAAAAGGCCUAUAGUUUUCCAACUCAUUCUUAUUCUCUGUUAACCUUUCAUGGAUUUUUAUUGCUUCUUCAAUUGACAAACAUGUUUUUUGACCCCCCCCCCCCUUAAAAUCUAUAGUAACCCUUUUGCAUUGAAAUCUGACGACUUCUAUGAUCUGCUACUCUGGAGUACCUGUUGUUGGCUGCUUGGGGUGAUCACUGGAAAUGGCAUGGCUUAGAUGAAAGAGCAGGGGUCUGGGGCAAUUUGGACGGCUCUUUUCAAAGAAAAUCGGCCAGUGCAGAAAAACAAUUCCGUAUAAUCACGCUCUUCGAAAAAUUGCAAACCUUUGCCGACCACCUUUACAAACGCCUUUGUUAGAUUCACCGUUCAUAGCCGAGAAAAAUAGUAGAAAUCCUGAAUUGCCGGGCAGUUUUAAGAAAUGAAAAAUGAAGGUAAGAAGAGAAGGUAUUAACCUUUCGGUGACGGACGGGGGGGGGG